AAGCAAAUCCUGGACCGCUGGCCCUGUUUGUUUGUCUUCUUCACUAGUUCACUGUAUUGUUGUUGAUCUAAAAUAGGAUAUGCUAGUAGCAUGGAUAGGAUCCCCCAAAAAAUACCGAGCUGCAUAAGUGCAAUAGCUUAGCUGUCUCCUUCCUCUCCUCCAAGUUGCUUGCUGCUGCACUGCAUUCACUCCCCAUGGUCCUCGAGUCAGAGUGGCAUUCAAGUUUCAACCCUUGAUCCUGAUAUUUUUUGACUCGUUAUACACUUAUCAUCAUCUGCAUAUGCACUGGCGUCUGGACCAUGCUCAAGUAACUAGUGGCAGACAGGCAGUAAUCAAUUUCAACAACCCAAGCAUUUCAAUCCAGUCGUCAAUGGUGGCAAGGCAAACAAGCAGAUAUCUUCACUACUACUUAAUAAUAUAACCCUCCUUCGCCAAAAAAACCCACAAACCUUCCCAUUUCAAUUCUUCCAUCAAUGGCUUCCCUCAUUCAGUUUGGGCUCGUAACUCUUUUGCUUUCCAUUUCCGCUGUCUUUUCUCAGGCUCGACAAGAACAACAAGCUAAAUCCAAAUCGUUGUUCCUCCCGCUUUCCAGGGACCGGGCCACUAACCAAAUUCUAACCCACCUCCACAUUGGAACACCUGCGAUCACAAGAACCUUCAUAGUCGACCUCGCCGGCCAAAUCCCCUGGCUCGACUGCUACACCACGGCUAGAUACUCCGCUUCCACUUCCUCCACACACCGCCUCGCUAAAUGCGGCUCCGCCCCUUGCUCCGUCACCGCAGCUGCCUGCUCUGGCAUCUGCCACUCCGCCUCAGGACCCAGCUGCCACAACAACACCUGCCAGCUCAAGACCCGAAACCCGAUUCGCAGCACCGACAGCUUAUCCGAGGUCGCAGUCGAUACGGUCACGCUUCGCUCCACCAUCGGCGGUGGCAGGGCGGGCAAACACGUCUCCAUCCCCAAUUUCAUCCUCGCCUGCGACGAUUCCUACCACCUGGGCCAUCUCGCCGCCGGCGUAGUCGGAUCAGUAGGUCUCGCUAGAAGCAGAGUCUCCGUCUCUUCCCAGCUCUCCUCAGCUGCAACCCUAGCCGCGAAAUUCGCGAUUUGCUUGCCCUCGUCCCCUGAUUCCAACGGAAUCAUGUUCUUCGGCGAUUCUCCUUACGUUUUCUACCCUUCCGACAACGAAACCCGCUCAAUUGACGUUUCGUACAGACUAAUUUACACGAAGCUCCAUACCAAUUACCGCCGGACGACCGCCCCCGGCGCCCGCGGAUCCGAAAUUCCGGACUACUUCGUCAAAAUCAGCUCGAUUCUAGUCGAGGGAUCGCCGAUUCGGAUCAAUUCCACUCUGCUGGAGUUUCAGCCGAGCGGAAUCGGGGGGACGAGGGUGAGCACGACGGAUCCGUACACAGUACUGGGGAGCUCGAUCUACAGAUCUCUGGUGAGGGCUUUUGAAAUCGAGGUGAUGAAGACGCCGAGGGUGAAGAAGGCGGCGACAGUGGCGCCGUUCAGGAACUGCUACGAGAAGGGCGAUCUGCCGAUGUCGCUUAGCGGGCUCUCCGUGCCGGAGAUCGCCCUGGUUUUCGAGAGCGCGGAGGUGAAGUGGGAUAUCUUCGGGGUGAAUUCGGUGGUGGAGGUGAGCGAGGAGGUGUUUUGUCUGGGUUUUGUGGACGGCGGGCCGAUGACGGCGAAGGGGGCCACGGUGGCGGCGGUGAUCGGAGCGUAUCAGAUGCAAGGGGUUCUGGUUCAGUUCGAUUUGGGGUCUGGGACGAUGGGUUUUACUAAUACGCUUUUGGCUGAGAGCGUCGAGUGCUCCAACUUCCGUUUUUAGGGACUAAUGAUUGUGAUUACAGU